AUGGACCUACCCACCUUCGCCAAAACCCACACCUCCCAAAUCACCGCCACAAUCGGCCUCGUCACGUACGCCAGCGCCCGCAAAAAACUCACCCCGGCAGGCAUCCUCGCGGGAAUCUUCGUCGCGGGUGUGCAUAUGGUGCAUCCGUGGCCGGCGUUUUUCUGGCUUUUGAUGGUAUUCUUUUUGUUUGGGACGGGGGUUACGAGGAUCGGCCAUCACGCGAAAGCGCAUCUAACGCAGUCCUCCACGGGCGGUACAGGUGGUGAGGGCGCAAGGCGUUCCGCACAGGUCUUCGCUAAUUCUGGCUUUGCGUGUGUCCUUAUCCUCCUGCAUGCCUGGCUUUUGAACAGCACGCCGUUCAUCUCUUCGAACAUAGCUUUAUCAUCUGGACCGUACCUCCCUGCUCUGGAGAAGCUCCUCCCGAUCGGCAUCAUCGCGCAGUACGCGGCCGUGGCGGCCGAUACGUUCAGUUCGGAGCUGGGGAUUCUGUCGCGCGGGGAUCCGUUCAUGAUCACGGCGCCUUGGAGGAAGGUGCCCAAGGGGACGAAUGGAGGUGUUUCUGUCGAUGGGCUGGCUUACGGUGCGCUGGGGAGUCUCCUAUUGACUCUCGUCGCUGGCGCGGCGAUAUAUCUCGCUCCGCCCAGGGAGGUUCUGGAUGUCAGGACGGCGGGUUUGCUCGUGGCUGCUGGGCUCGCGGGGAGCGUGAUUGAUUCGGUUCUGGGCGCGGUGGUGCAGGUUACUGUUACGGAUAAGAGGAGUGGGAAGGUUGUUGAGGGGGCUGGGGGCCAGAGGGUCAAGGUGCUGCCGGAUGGGACGAGGGUGCAGAUGGGGACGGAUUUGUUGACGAACAAUGGGGUCAAUUUUUUUAUGGCGGCGCUGGCGAGUUUGGGUGCUAUGGGUGUUGCGUAUGUGUUUGAUCUGGGACUGAGGUCGUAG